AUUCUUCAUGAACAAAUCACACUUCUUAUCUUCCUCUGUUCUCUCUUUCUCCAAUCAUCUUCUCUUCUGUAAGAGAGAAGAAAAGUUCUGAUCACAGUUUUGGUUCUGAGGGGAAGAACUCUAAAGAUGAGAAACACUAGUGGCGGCCCCGCUCGGGGUCGUCUAUGGCCUCAAGUUUUACUUGCACUGGCUGUAGUCUUUGUAUCUUACAAUGUAGGAUCUGUUUCUGCUGAUCCAUACCUAUACAGUUCACCACCACCACCAUAUGUUUACAGUUCUCCACCACCACCUCAACCUUACACACCUCCACCACCAUCAUCUCCAUCUCCUCCACCACCAUAUGUUUACAGUUCUCCACCACCACCUUCACCUUCCCCACCUCCACCAUAUGUAUACAGUUCUCCGCCACCACCAUCUCCAUCUCCUCCACCACCAUAUGUAUACAAUUCUCCACCACCACCUUCACCUUCCCCACCUCCA